GGCUAUUAAUUCCGUAACCGAGACCACCCUGAGAGCGACGAGUGGAGAGAGAGAGAGGAAGCGAGUCCUCUCGGAUCGAAAUUUGGCUGGAAGAGCUUAAUGGGAAAGAAAAUUUUAGAUGUUUGUACUGCUGAAGAGUCAGAAGGCUUUGUCAUAUGUUCAACCAGAGAUGAUCCUGGGAACCCUGACGACCAUCCUAAUAAACAUCUGGAACCUUCUACAUUUGAUGAAACUAGAAAGGACAUUCCUGAUCCUCAAGAUUCUCAUGCAAAUGGACAAAUAAAAGAACACAGAGUACAUGGGGAUAUGAUAGAUGUUUUUGUUGAGAAUUCCUUUGUCUAUCAAGAUGCGGAUUCUCCCAAGGAAGACAAAAUGCCCUGUUAUAAAUACUCAAUUUUAGAUGCUGUCACAUUGAAGAAGGAAAAAGCGAACUGUGUAGAUCAGAAGCCAGGUAAUCACAAGAAAAUUGAUUCUCCCAUUAAAACAGUCAAAUCUGCUAAUGUUGGAGCAAUACAUUCCAAACACACUUCUCGUCAACCAUUGGCUCUUGCAACCAAUAAGCGUGCUUCUGGUGGGAAUGAUUUUGCCGGUAAUAUUGCUGGGAAUGGGAAUGGAUCUGCUAAUUUGAACAAUCAAGAUACCCGUAACAUGCCAAAGAAGAUUCAGACUGACUCAACUCUCACAUCAAGGAAGCCUCUGCAACCUGAUAAUACAAAGCACCCAGAUGAGGAGGAUGCUUGCUCUGUUGCCUCUUCAACUUCUGCAUCAGUGAGAACAUUAAAAGGCAGGUUUACUGUGGCAUCUGUGCCUGUUUUCAGAUGCAGUGAGCGUGCAGAGAGGCGGAAAGAGUUUUAUUCAAAGUUAGAAGAAAAACACCAAGCUUUGGAGGCCGAGAAAAACCAGCGUGAAGCUAGGACCAAGGAAGAACGAGAGGCAGCACUUAAGCAACUUAGAAAGAGCCUGACUUUCAAAGCUAUGCCUAUGCCGAGCUUCUACCGUGAAGGUCCUCUACCAAAGGUUGAGCUUAAAAAGCUACCUACAACUCGUCCAAAGUCACCAAAACUUGGUCGAAGGCAAAGCUGUAGUGAUGUGAACAAUCCAUCCAAUGGAGAUAACAAUGAUGGAGCAUGCGGUCGAGUGAACCGUCACAGCUCAGGGAGUUUCAAGGAAGAGACCAACAAACUGCAGAGUGGUGUGAAGUAUGGAAAUGCUAAAGAUAAAGAAGAGACCAAACUGGUGAGGGAGAGUUCCAAGCCCCUUUCUCAGAAGGCUGAUAUCACUGUGCAUUCCUAGCAUGUGAAUUUCUCCUAUAUUCUGUUAAUUUGUCUUACGUGACAUAAACGGACCCUUUUUCUGGAAGAUGUAGUGUCGUUAUGAGAACUUGUUGCUAGAAUUUGUGAGAUUUAUGAUGGGGUAGAUUUUGUAAGUCAUACAGAAAGAUGCUGAUAUCAUUUUUGAAGCCGUCUGAGUAGCAAUGAUUUUGGUUGUAACUUGCGACAGUUAUGUAGUAUAUGUUGUUAUCAUUAUAAUUAUAGUUGUGAUUGCUGUUAUA